UGCGUUGCAGCAGCCGCUGGCUCGGAGAGGCGAAGGGAGGGAAGGCGGGCGAGACGCGGCCGGCCCAGGCAGCCCCACCUCCCGCUGCCCUCCCCAUUCAAAUCCCCAGCUGACUCGGGCCUACCUCAGGCCAGUCCACGCGGCUCUCCCCGCUGCCCUGCGCUAAUGGAUCAAAUCUUGUGGGAGAAACUCCCACUCCCCCCCACCCCCGCCCUUUGGGAGUAAUGUAAAACCCCGCGUCGUUGGGCCGAUGGCGACGGCGAACCUGAGGCCAGGUCGGACAGUGGUGGCAGGCGAGUUUACCGGUGACUGACCCGGCUCGGGGCGGCACGUCGGUACGAGGUUAUACUAAAAGAUGGAGAGCCUGAGCCUGCAGGCAGUAACUCUUACAGAUGGCUCUACAGCCUACAUCCAACAUACACUGAAAGAUGCAAAGUUGGUUGAGGGGCAAACUAUUCAGCUGGAGGAUGGCACAACAGCCUACAUCCAACAAGUUACAGUGCAAAAAGGUGAAUCUGUCCCAUUUGAAGAUGGGCAGGCUAUUCAGCUGGAAGAUGGCAGCACUGCAUACAUCCAUCACACUCCUAAAGAUGACUUUGACCCAGAUGCAGUACAAGCAGUACAACUAGAGGAUGGCACAACAGCUUUUAUUCAUCACCCAGUCUCCAUGCAAGGUCCCAACACCAUCUUGGCGGUGCAGACAGAAGCAGGUUUGGAAGCUCUGCACGCAACAACAGAUGACGCCGUUGAUCAUCAGACCAUCAGUGCUCUUGAACAUUACGCCAACAAGGUGUCUGAGGAAGAUGAAGGAGUCAGCAGUACCACUGGACUGCCCUCUGAUACGAAAAAGGACAAACCUAUGCAGCUGGUGAUUGAUGGUGAAGUUCGAGUCAGUGCAAAAGGCCAGCAAGUAGGGGAGAAGGCAUUCCGCUGUGGGUUUGAGGGCUGUGGGCGGCUCUACACAACUGCACAUCAUUUAAAGGUUCAUGAACGGGCGCAUACAGGCGAUCGGCCGUACCGAUGUGAGCAACCAGGCUGUGGAAAAGCAUUUGCAACAGGUUAUGGAUUGAAAAGCCAUACCAGAACACAUACAGGAGAAAAACCAUAUAAGUGCCCUGAAGACACGUGUAAUAAAGCAUUCAAAACAUCAGGAGACUUACAAAAACAUAUUAGGACUCACACAGGCGAAAGACCUUUCAAGUGUCCAUUUGAGGGAUGUGGCCGUUCUUUUACUACUUCAAAUAUACGUAAAGUUCACAUCAGAACGCAUACAGGAGAGAGGCCGUACAUCUGCUGUGAACCAGGCUGUGGUCGAGGGUUUGCCAGUGCUACUAAUUACAAGAACCACAUGAGAAUUCACACAGGAGAGAAACCUUAUGUUUGUACAGUACCAGGCUGUGGGAAAUGUUUCACAGAAUACUCAAGCCUAUAUAAGCACCAUGUGGUCCACACACAUUCCAAGCCAUAUAACUGCAACCACUGUGGAAAGACAUACCGACAGACUUCUACGCUAGCUACGCAUAAACGUACUGCACAUGGUGACAUGGAAGCAACGGAGGAAAGUGAGCAGGCCCUGUUUGAGCAACAACAGCAAGCCACUGUUGUAGAACCUCCAUUGAAAAGGUCGCGUAUUGCAUACCUGUCGGGUGUGGAAGGUGAUGGUGGAAUUCCUACCCAGGUUACCAUGGUAACCCAAGAUGGUUUGGGAUCUCAGGUAGCACUUAUAUCGCAGGAUGGAACUCAGCAGGUUAGUCUAUCGCAUGAAGACUUGCAGGCUCUGGGAACAGCUAUCACCAUGGUAACUCAGGAUGGUACUACAAUUGCUGUACCCACACAUGAAGGUGACCUCACAGGAUCACCAGGUGCUCAUACAGUUACCAUGGUGACAGCAGAUGGUACUGAAACACAGCAGGUUGCCAUAGUGACAUCAGAUGGGAUGGUAACCGGAGACUCCGCUUUGGCAGCUCUUCAUGCGGCAGAAGUGGUGCAGCACCAUCAGCAAGUAGCAUUAGUAGCUACUGCCAAUGGCACCCAGAUAGCAGUUCAGCUGGAGGAACAGCAGACUUUGGAGGAAGCUAUUGGCAUGGCGACAGCAGCAAUUCAACAUGACGGAAUGACACAAGAUACAGCGAUGACUGAUAAUGGCCAAUAACAGUGAGGACCAGGAAACAAGUGCCACACACAGGAAUGUAUAAACUGUGAUUUGGUAUCUCGUACUGUCCAGUAAAACCCUGGGAGCCAAACAGAAACUACUCACAGACUAAAUCAGUCUGUUCUCAGGACUAAUAAUUUACUGUGCGUAUGUUGAUCUCAACUCAGGUGAUUUUACACAAUAUGGUAAGGGUUUUAUGAUCUAAAGGAAUUUUAGAGCUGCUGUGCUGACUGAUAAGCUUUCAGAUUCACUUGUACAGUAUAAAGUAUAGUUUUAUUGAAAUUUCCAUAGUUUUGCUUUUUAUUGAAGAACUGAAACUGGUGUAGGGUUGGUUUCCAUGCAAAGUUGGGACUGGCAUCAGGCUGGACCUAGUAAUGGCAAUCAGUGACAUUUUUGGAAUGUGUACGCUGCAUUUUGAAAUCUAAGAUGAUGCUAUAUAAAUCUGUAUAUGUGUAAAUGAAAAUAAAUUUCAAAAACUGCUUUGUUGUUGCUUAUAAUUUAAAUGUUUUUUAAC